AUGGCGUCUUCGGAGAUCCUGUCGCAAACCCUGUACUCCAUCACCAACAUCAAGCUCGAUCAACUUGACAAGCAGAAGAACGAGUAUGAAUCGGCAAAGCGUGCCCUCCUCGACCGCGCCAGCGACGAGCCGGAGCCUAAGCGUCGCGCCCUCCUACUCGCCGAAGGCCUCGAGAAACUGCCAUCCAUGACUCCUGUCGCCGACAGCUCCACAAUCUCACUCGAAAAUCUGAAGCGUUUCAUUUUGCAGGCCAAGCAUGACCCCUCGGUCUCCCAAGACUUCAUCAACGACUACGAGCAGUCUCUGAGAAACGAACUGAACGUCCAGUCAGAGAAGUAUCGCUUCGCCGAGCUGUAUGGGAAGCUUGUGAACGAAUGGAUUUCGGCUGGAAAGGCCGACAGUACCUCCGACUCCGACACAGCAUCCAAUGCAGGUUCCGACGCCGUCUCCAGCUCAGGGUUUCUGCCCGUCGGUCGGGCAGAGUCGCACGAGCAGCGUGCGACGUGGGAGGACUGGGGUGUGCUGAUGCGAUCCGCCUUCUCUGACUUCCUGGCCGCCCCCGGUGUACCAAAGACGACGGUGCCGCCAAUGGACAAAGAAGAUGCCCGCCGGCGGAUGUUCUUCCUCAACACGCCUAGGUAUCAGAGUGCUAACGGCAGCGUACACCAAGACUUGGAUAGUCAUUACCGAGCCGAGGUGUUGCUCGACCAGUUGCCAGCGACCAUGGACGAGCAGCGUGGUGGAUACAACCAAGGGGAAGCAGCCGCAAACGACAGCAGGAAAUCUCACAUCAAGGUAGUUCAGAACCUUUUGCAUAUUCUGCAAACGAGCAUCAUCAUGAAGACCAGGCUCGGUCAGGACAUCACCGUCAUUCGUUCCGACUUCAAGUGGUUCGGCCCCAGCGUUCCGCACUCGUCCGUCUACGCGGUGCUCGAGUUCUUUGGUGUUGACACCGACUGGAUCGCGUUCUUCCGGAAAGCUCUGGAGUGUCCCUUACGAUUCGAAGAGGACCCCUGCGACGCGCAACCGCAGGUACGGAAGAGAGGCACACCACUCAGCACGCCGAUCGCCGACUUCUUCGCUGAAUCGAUGCUGUUCUGUCUCGAUUUUGCCGUGAACCAAAAGGCAGACGGUGCGCGACUCUACCGGCUGCAUGACGACAUGUGGCUCUGGGGCUCCGAACAGAGGUGCGUCGCCGCCUGGAGCGCCAUCACCGAUUUUACGAAGCUCAUGGGGCUGGCGAUCAACGAGGAAAAGACGGGCAGCGCCAUCAUCAGGCCGAAGUGGAAAGUCCCGACACCUCCAGGACUCAAGAAGGGACUGCCAAAGGGAAACGAAUCGCUCUUCCCCGGCGUCAGCGGCGGUGUUGGGGCGCGGCUCAAGCAGAUGAUCGCCGAGCGAUUCGGGGUGCAGGAUGUGCCGGACGGGUACCUGUACUUCCCCCUGUCGCUAGGGGGCCUGGGUCUGCAGAAUCCGUUUGUGCCCAUGUUUCUGCUGCGGGAGUCGGUGCUCGAGGAUCCGGGCAAGGUCAUGGACGACUACAUGACGGAAGAGGCGGCGCGGUACCGGGCAGCGCGAGCGGCAUUCGAGUCGCCGCACGACGACCUCGACGGGACCAACAGGAUGAAUCGGACGGUUGAGGAUCUGAAGCGCGACUACCCAGACCUCAAGAACGAGAGAUUCUUCAGCUACGACGAGUACACGCGAUACCAAGAGAGAACGUCACGGGCGCUGGGCAGGGCGUUUGACCAGUUGCGCAGGGAGCCUGAACCCGAGCCGCUGCGGGAGAUGGAGGAUGGCGUGUGCUCGGGGUCGGCAUGGCAGAAGCUGUCGGCGCAGGAGCGAUGGGUGUGCCGGCAGCACGCAAAGGACAUGGUGUCACGGUUCGGGGGCCUGGCCGUGGUCGAGCAGGGUCUGCUGCCGAUGGGCAUGAUGGGCAUGCUGAGGCAGAGCCGGUUCAAGUGGCAAGGGUGA